AUGCGCUAUCUACCAUGGGCGCCGUUGUUGACCGUCUUGCUGGCUGGCCAGGCGGCGGUCUCCCAGAUCCAGUUGGAUGUCGGCGACCCUAAAUCGAUCAAGAAUGCGGCGGCGACAUCGGCAUACAACAUGAUGAAUAACUACCACGGCAACGAGUCCGGCCAGAUCCCCGGCAAACUGCCCGAUACCUGGUGGGAAGGGGGUGCGAUGUUCAUGACGUUGAUUCAAUACUGGUUCUGGACGGGCGACACCUCCUACAACGAGGUCACCACCCAGGGCAUGCUCUGGCAGAAAGGCAACAACGAUUACUUCCCAGCCAACGACAGCAAUUUCCUCGGAAACGACGACCAGGUCUUUUGGGGCUUGGCCGCCAUCACCGCGGCCGAGUUGAAUUUCCCCGAAGAAGACGGACAGCCGUCGUGGCUGUCGCUCGCCCAGGGCGUCUUCAACACGCAAGUGCCGCGCUGGGACACCAGCGCCUGCCAGGGUGGCCUGCGAUGGCAGAUCUUCCCCUAUCAGGCGGGAUAUACAACCAAGAACGCCAUUUCCAACGGCGGACUGUUCCAGCUGGCCGCCCGACUGGGUCGCUAUACCAACAACGAGACCUACACCGAGUGGGCAGAGAAGAUCUGGGACUGGAGUGCCACCACCCCCUUGCUCAAGAUGGACGAAUGGACCAUCGCGGACACGACGACCAUGGAGACCCAAUGCACCGACCACGGCGAUCUCCAGUGGACGUACAACUAUGGGACCUAUUUAAGCGGGGCCGCAUAUAUGUACAACCUGACGAACGGCGGAGUAAAAUGGAAGAAGGCCAUCGAUGGCUACCUCGGCACCACGCUGGACAAGUUCUUCCCCAAGGAGUUCGGGGGCAACGUGAUGUCGGAAAUCUCCUGCGAGCCGAACAUGAUGUGCGACCGCAACCAGGACUGUUUCAAGGGGUUCCUUUCCUCGUGGCUGACCUUCAUGACCACCAUCGUGCCUCAUACGGCCAACCAGAUCAUCCCGAAGAUCCAGGCUUCGGCCCAGGCGGCGGCCAAGCAGUGCUCCGGGGGCAGCACGAAGACCCAGUGCGGACGCCGUUGGCACCAGGACAGCUGGGACGGAUCCAAGGGGCUCGAGCAGGACAUGAGCGCGCUGAGCGUCUUUGCGUCGAGCAUGAUCACGCACAAACCGCAGGGCCACUCCCCGUUGACGGCGGACACUGGGGGCACCAGCAAAAGCGACCCGACAGCGGGCUCUGGACCUCAGAAGCAACCGAACACUCCCCGACCGAUCACGACAGGCGACCGUGCCGGCGCAUCCAUUCUGACGGUGGUUGUCGCCGGGGGCUGGCUUGCCGCCGUAGCAUGGAUGGUGUAUGGCGGGUGA